AGGGGGCCUGGAAUCUGCGUUUCUGACAACUUCUGGGGGCUGCAAGUGCUGCCGGGUGAACAGCUUUCGGCCCGGCCAGUCCUGAGAUCACCGUCCUCACUGACGUGUUUUCUCAUUGAUUAUCUCCAUCUACCCGGAGUGGCGGGUCCCCGCAGAUGGGGCUGGUGUCUGUGUGGCUCGCUUCUGCAGGGCAGGUGCUCAGUGCACCUUAGAGGUGACUGACUGGUGUUUAGGGUCAGUUUGGGCCCCAAACGCCAGGCUGAGGUGUCUGCGUGGUACCUGUCGGGGUCAGCGUCGCGACAUGGACACAGUGCGCCAGGCCGGGUGCUCCCUUUCCCUCUGGCCCCCCUUCUGCAGCCCGAAUGCCUCCCGUGUGCUGGCUCUGUGUGUCUCCGUCACCUUCCGCUGCAGACAGCCCUGCGACUCCUUUAUGCUCAAGAAGAAACAGGCAUAGACGGGUUUAGACGCUUGCCUAAGGUCACACAGGGAGGAAGUGGCUGAAUGGAGUCUCAGGGUCCAGCAGGUCACAGGCCUGGUUGAAUCCAAGUUCUCUGAAGGGCGGCGGGGGGCAUCAGUCAUUCAUUCAGUCCGCAAGAGCAGAUGCUCACAGAGCACCCACUGUGCGCCAGGCCCUGGUCUCGGCUGUGGGGAUGCAGCGGGGAACAAACCCCCUUCCCUGUGGAGCUCACCCCCUGGUGUGGAGGAUGAGCAAGGAGAGCCCAGAGACGGUUGGGUGGGGGGAGUGCGGAGGAAGCAGGUGUGGGGGGGGUCUGGAGGGUGGGCCUCGUGGUUUAAAUGGGAGGUAAGGGGAGGCGUCUGGGAGAAGUGUCCAUUGAGCAGGGCCCUGAAGGAGGCCAGGAAACCCUGCGGACUUCUGGGAGGAAGUGCACUUGGGCAGAGGGCAUGGCCACGGCAGGAGCUGGGGCCGGUGAGCAAGGGGCCAUGGAGGGUCCAGCCCUGGGCUUCUCCCUGGAGGGAGCGCCGGUCACCGGGGGGGCCCAGCCUGACUCGAGGUCCAGGCUCCUGGCUGCGUGUGGGGAGCAGACAGACUGAGGGGGACAGGGACGGAGCCGGGGGGACCGGGGAGAAGGCAGUUUCCAGAGUCCAGGGGGAGUGGUGGAGGCCCUGGUCACCAUCUAUUUCAUUUAUUUAUUGUAUUCCACAAAUUUAUUUCACAAUUAUGACCUUAAUGCCUACCCUGGGCACCAUCCUGAGCAAUGCUGGGGACAGAGCGGUGACCAAGACAACACCAAGGCGUGCCACCAGGGAGCUCACAGACCUGUGGGGGAAAUGGAGUUGUCAUCAGACAGUGACAGCCCAGAGCCGUCGGGUCUGGAUGGGGUAGCCGAGGCCAAAUAAUUAGGGAGAGGCUGAGAGCUGUGGGGGGCCUAUGGGCACCCAUGAAGGGGAGGCAGCAUCCAGGAGGGAGGCAGUGUGCGAGCAAGAGGCUCAAAGGAUGCCUGAGAAUUUGCUAGGCAGAGAAGAGAAAGGCCAGUCUGGACCGAGGGCACAGCAUGUGCUCAAGCCUGGAGGCAGGAGAGAGAAGUCUGAGGGACUGCCACCUCUACCCGGAGGAGGUCAUGGCCCCCAGGCUGGAGUCCUGCCCAGAAUUAAACCAGCCGUGCAGACUGGACAAGUGGCUCGUGGCCUUGCGCCUCAGUUUCCUCCUCUGUAAGGUGGGGAUGGUCAUAGUCUCAGAUGCACAGGGCUGUGUAAGGAAUAAUAAAGUUAUCACUAGGAGAGCUUGCCGUAGUUCCUGGUACGAAGUCAGCAGUGACUCUGGUGCUUACCCCACGGCCUGUUACGCUUCCUGUUACUCAGCCCUGUGGGAGUUCUGUUGGUUCCUCUCUGCCUCCCACCAGGAGCUUGGUUCCCCCAGGCAGGAGCCUUGUCUGGUGGCCGCUGCUGCUCCCAGCCCCGGCCAGUGCACGGGUUGUCCAUGUGGUCACCAGUGUUUACAGAGGGUUCACUGUGCGCCGGGUGCAGUGUUGGGUGCUGAGAACAGGGGCAGCCAGGACCUCCUCAAGUUCAGGGUCUGGGGCAGACAGUAAACAAACUGAAUAAGUGACCAGGAUGAGUGGAGAAGGUGUGAGGCGGGACUGGGGCUGGGGGCUCCUGCCGGCUGGGGGACCAGGAGAGGAGGAGCGUUCGAGCGGAAUGAGAUGGAGCCGUCAUGCUGGGGCUGUGGAAGGACAUCCGGGCAGAGGGCCUGGGACAGGAGUGCAGUUGCACCACGCCCCACUCUGGCCGGAGCACGCCGAGCAGCUCCCCAUCUCUCCGCAAGCGGCUGCAGCUCUUGCCCACAAGCCGAGCCCCGCCGGAGCCAGAACCGGGCACCAUGGUGGAGAAGGGGUCAGACAGCUCCUCGGAGAAGGGCGGGGUGCCUGGGACACCCAGCACCCAGAGCCUCGGCAGCCGGAACUUCAUCCGCAACAGCAAGAAGAUGCAGAGCUGGUACAGUAUGCUGAGCCCCACCUACAAGCAGCGGAACGAGGACUUCCGGAAGCUGUUCAGCAAGCUCCCUGAAGCCGAGCGCCUCAUCGUGGAUUACUCCUGUGCCUUGCAGCGUGACAUCCUCCUCCAGGGCCGCCUCUAUCUCUCCGAGAACUGGAUCUGUUUCUACAGCAACAUCUUCCGCUGGGAGACGACGAUUUCCAUCCAGCUGAAGGAAGUGACGUGUCUGAAGAAGGAGAAGACGGCCAAGCUGAUCCCCAACGCCAUCCAGAUCUGCACCGAGAGCGAGAAGCAUUUCUUCACCUCCUUCGGGGCCCGGGACCGCUGCUUCCUCCUCAUCUUCCGCCUCUGGCAGAAUGCACUACUUGAAAAGACGCUGAGUCCCCGCGAGCUCUGGCACCUGGUGCACCAGUGUUACGGCUCAGAGCUGGGCCUCACCAGCGAGGACGAGGACUAUGUCUGCCCCUUGCAGCUGAACGGUCUGGGGACCCCCAAGGACGUGGGAGAUGUGAUCGCCCUGAGUGACAUCACCCCCUCGGGGGCAGCAGACCACAGCCAGGAGGCGAGCCCCGUGGGUUCACGCCGUGGCCGCCUCACCCCCAACCUUUCCCGGGCCAGCAGCGAUGCGGACCACGGGGUCGAGGAGGACAAGGAGGAGCAGACGGACAGCCAGCCAGACGCCUCCUCCAGCCAGACAGUGACCCCGGUGGCUGAACCCCUGAGCGCGGAGCCCACCCCGCCUGACGGGCCCACCGCCCUGGGCCCUUUGGACCUGCUGCCCAGUGACGAGCUGCUGACAGACACGAGUAACUCCUCCUCGUCCACGGGGGAGGAAGCGGAUCUGGCCGCCCUGCUCCCCGACCUCUCCGGCCGCCUCCUCAUCAAUGCCGUCUUCCACGUGGGCGCCGAGCGGCUGCAGCAGAUGCUCUUCUCAGACUCGCCCUUCCUGCAGGCCUUCCUGCAGCAGUGCAAGUUCACAGACGUGACCUUGAGCCCCUGGAGCGGGGACAGCAAGUGCCACCAGCGCCGGGUACUCACCUACACCAUCCCCAUCAGCAACCCGCUGGGUCCCAAGAGCGCCUCGGUGGUGGAGACACAGACGCUGUUCCGGCGCGGCCCGCAGGCGGGCGGCUGCGUGGUGGACUCGGAGGUGCUGACGCAGGGCAUCCCGUACCAGGACUACUUCUACACGGCCCACCGCUACUGCAUCCUGGGCCUGGCCCGGAACAAGGCCCGCCUCCGAGUGUCCUCGGAGAUCCGCUACCGGAAGCAGCCCUGGAGCCUCGUGAAAUCUCUCAUCGAGAAGAACUCAUGGAGCGGCAUUGAAGAGUACUUCCGCCACCUGGAGCGUGAGCUCGCCAAGGCCGAGAAGCUGGCCCUGGAGGAAGGCGGGAAGGAUGCCCGGGGCCUGCUGUCAGGCCUGCGGCGGCGCAAGCGGCCCCUGAGCUGGAGGGGCCACGGCGACGGACCCCAGCACCCAGACCCGGACCCCUGCGCUCGCGCUGGCAUGCACACCUCAGGCUCCCUCAGCUCCCGCUUCUCGGAACCGUCCGUGGACCAGGGCCCCGGGGCAGGCAUCCCCAGCGCCCUGGUUCUCAUCAGCGUUGUCCUGAUCGUCCUCAUCGCCCUCAAUGUCCUCCUCUUUUACCGCCUCUGGUCCCUGGAGAGGACGGCCCACACCUUCGAGACCUGGCACAGCUUGGCCCUGGCCAAGGGCAAGUUCCCCCAGACAGCCACAGAGUGGGCGGAGAUCCUGGCCCUGCAGAAGCAGUUCCACAGCGUUGAGGUGCACAAGUGGAGACAGAUCCUGCGGGCUUCCGUGGAGCUCCUGGACGAGAUGAAGUUCUCGCUGGAGAAGCUGCAUCAAGGCAUUGCCGUCCCAGAGCCUCCUUUUGACUCCCAGCCACAGCCCGACGACAGCUUCUCCUGAGGAUGCCGGACACGCAGCCGUUCCCCCAAAGGGACAGAUGGACAUAGAGCCUCGGUAGCCACUGCUGGCACGGUGUGAGCGCCGGGAGCCUUCCGCCCACCCCUCCCGUGGCCUGACCAGGGGCCACGCAGACACGGGGACCACAGACACAGAAGAUGCACUUUAGACCAGCGUGUGCGAGUCCAGCUGCCAUCGCCUGCCCUCCAGGGAGCUGGCCUGGCCUUUGGCAGGCCCCCCGCUAACUUAUUUUGCCCGGCUGGGGUUGUGGGGGGCGCCUCCUGGGGUGCACGGUUCCCUCAGCUCUGGGUUUAAUGUAUUAUAUUUAUUUGGGGCUGACAGAGCCCCAAUAAAGGGUUGGAAAUGGC